AUGCCCCUCGUGGUUCCCGCCCUACGCCUCUUCAUGGUUUUCAUGAAUGUUUACGACACGUUCAAGACGCUCAAGCCGCCGCAGGUCUCAUCUAAACGAAGCGGGCGCUCAAGCAUACGAGCUACGACGCAACGAAAGAGGGAUUUGAAAGGGUGUAUGGCCAUAUGGAUUGUUUGGUCUGUCUUUGCCGCAUAUGAGAAGACUCUGGAUGGGAUGGUCGGCUUCGUGACGCCGUUCUAUAGCGAGAUAAAGUCGUUCAUCAUCAUCUUCCUUCUGGUAACGCGUGCGAAGGGCGCGGAACCCAUUUUCUUACAUGUCAUUCGACCUCUCAUUAAGCCAUAUACACCCAUUGUAGACUCAUUCCUUGACAUUGGACGCGUCAUUGGAGACAUUGCUUUCGGUAUCUUGAAGUCCCCCUUCUCCGCUGCCUACAACUGGUGGCAU